GCAACAUUACCGAUAACUGUCUUUGUCAGCUGGCCGUAAUAAUUAAAUACUUUUAUAUAAUUUACUACUCGAUUUUUUUAGUGCAAUUGAUAUAAUUAGUGAGUUUAAGCUAUAAGAAGCAUCUAUUGUUGUUUGUGUUCAUUUUUAUAUUGUAUUUGUGUACAAAAAUCGACACAAAUAUUUCCUACCGGUCAACUGUCAAAGUUCGUAAUAAACUUAUAUUUACAUCAAUCUUGUAUAUGUUAUCGCGUAAUUCAAUUUAAAUUAUUAUAACAUUCCUUUAUUAUUACUUGUUUUGUGUUACAUGUUAAUAUUGUGGUAAUUUUAAAAGUGAAUUCAAGUUGUGCGUCGAGGAAAAAAAAAAUUACCCACUAACCAAAUAUUAUUGAACGGGAUGAUAGUGAAAUAGAGAUGAAAUCUCUAUUUGACAAAUAUGUGGCCCUGAAGGGGGAACUUGUAAACAUUAAUGUAUUCUGUGAAGACCUACGCGUUGACAGGGAUAGACUUCAGGAAAUUGUUAAUGAAUAUGAUCACUGCAGGGACACAUAUGAGUCAAAUCUACAGCGUAUCACUCACCUCGAGAGACACCUUAAGGAAGCUCAAGCACAUAGUGAAUCUAUGUUGGAACACAAACGGGUGAGUAGCUAUAAUAACACCUUAGAUCUGUAUACAGAAUUGUUAAAUGUCACUUGUGAUCAAAAGUCUACUCAGCCGUUGGUGACCAUAGAUUUAACAAAUACACCCAGCUCAAAUAGUUGUACUAGUCAAUUUAAUAGUGUCAAUAAAUUAAAAAAAUAUAUAAAAAUAAACAAAUUUAUUAAAAAGUCAGAAAAGUUAGUGAGAACUCAUACUAAAUGUUUAAAAUCUAUAAAUAUUAGAAGACAAAAAUUAGACCUGUUACAAGAACUUCAAAAUUGUAAAACAAAUUUACAUGAUAAGGAUUUAGAACAAAAUAAAUUAAAGAGUAAAAUUCAAGAGUUGGAAUCUUUAUUAUAUAAUUUAACAAAUAAAUAUGAGUGUGCUCAACAUGAAAUUAAUAACUAUAGUAAAUCACUGGAUAAAUUAAUAGAGUUGGGUAAUUACAACAUGGAGCGGUUCACCUCAUUGACAGAGAAAUGUUGUUGUGAGACACCUGAAUCUCCUAAAUCUUGUCAAUAUAGCCCUAAUGGAAAUAACAAUAAGUCAAUCACAUCAGUCUUGACUGAGUCAAUCACUCCUUGUUCAAAUUUACUCAAUUCUAACUUGUCUUUAAAAACUGAUAAUUGUAAUGUUGCACCAGUACGAAGGACAAUUAUUUAUUCAGAUGAAUAUGGUAAGGGUUUGGGCCGUUCAUUAUCAGAAAGUUUAUCUCAACAUGUUAUAAAUAAUUGUCUACCUGGUGCUUCAUUGCCUAAUAUUUUAAAUAAGGUGGUUAAUGGUAGGUAUGAUAAGUUAACCACAUUAGUCAUUGCUUUAGGCAACUGUUUAAAUGUAAAAAAAAGUCAUGUCAUUAAACUUGUAAACUCUUUGCUUAAUAUUGCUGAGCUGGGCAUAGGUAAAAUAAUUUUAUGUGCAUUUCCUUACUGUCAUUCUCUGACUAUUGAACAAAAUAAGUUCAUAUAUUAUAUUAAUAAUUUAAUUUAUAAUAUGACUUGUCGUCAUAAUGACUUUUUAUUUUUUGAUAGUAACAAAUUUGUUACAAACUUUUGUAUGACUGGAGAUAGAUUUUAUCUGCCUAAAAAACAAAUAAGAAAUAUAGCUAGUUUACUAGCUUAUAAUAUAAAUGACCCCAUUAUAAGUAAUAUAAUGGGUUGCACUAAUCCAAUUAGUAGUAUUUGUACUAAUGUUAAUACUAAACAUUCUGAAAAUAUUGACAUAAAUAUUGAUUCUAGUAAGAAUCCUUUUAUUUACAAUAAUUUAAAUAUGACUGCAGAUUUAAACUGCUGAAAAAGACAAAGGGAAAGCUAUCAGAAUUGAAAAUUGUUCACCAGAACAUACAAAGUUUUCUCGGCUGUGAAUUAAUUAUUCAAUUGUUUUUAGAAAAAAAUAAUAUAGAUGUUCUAUGUUUAACUGAACAUUGGCUCAAAGUGAGCAAUAUGAUGUUAAGCUUAAACAAUUAUAAUAUUGUCAGCUGCUUUAAUAGAAAAAUAGUAAAUAGAGGAGGUUCCAUGAUAUUGGUGAAAAAUAAUAUAAAAGUAAAAGAACGUAGUGAUAUUGGCAAUCUUUCCGUUGAGUGUUGUAUUGAAAUUUCCUGCGUGGAACUAGAAAAUUAUAUAGUUAUGUGUGUAUAUAGACCUCCAAAUAGUGAUUAUAAUUUAUUUGAAGAGGUAAUGGAGGAUAUUUUAAAAAGAGUAUUUAAUAUUAACAAAAAAUUUAUAGUGUGUGGUGAUUUCAAUGUUGACAUUUUAUCACAUAACACCACAAAAACUAAAUUAAUGAGUUUAUUUCAAUCUUUUGACUUGAGUAGUGUCUUCCACGAACCCACUCGUAUCACAGCCACGUCUGCUACUUGUUUGGAUAACAUAUUUAGCAACAGUGAAUAUUUAGAUAAAAUAAUAUUAAACAACCUUCCUUCUGAUCACUGUGGUCAAUUAGUAAUUUUUCCAAAUCACGUAAACAAAAUUAGGAAAAUUAAUUUAUUAAAAAGAGACUUGACUAGUU